CUUUAAAAAACGUUGUUUCAUGCCUGCUAGAUCAUCUUCAUUGGCAGAACAGCUCUCUUUUGGAUUGCUCUAAAAGCCAAUGAAGAGAUAAUUGAGCAUGAAGCUGUAGUAAAGUUGCUCUCCUGGCGUCUAGCGAUAACCUUCAGAUAAGAGAUUAUGUAAUUACUUUGGCGCUCACCACAAGCCAAUCAGUGUUCGUACAUGCUGCAUCUGACCAGCGCUUGACAUGACCGCAUGUGUUGGGCAUCAUCUCUCUCACCGUGUUCGAUUUAUUCUGCUCAUCAGCCUCUGCGACAUAAUGAUGUGACAGAUAUCCGUUCGAAGAAGCACGUAUACGUUGAGACUUCACCUUAUCCGUCACUAGAAUCUAGAAUCCCAGUUGCCUGACACCAACAUCCUCAAGAAGCUCAUCAUGAAAGAGACAAUAACCCCCCAUUGCAAGGCGCUGGCAUCGCCAAAUCCUUGGAAUUUUGCUCUUUCGCUAUGUAUCCUGUUGGGCAUUCUCCUCUCAUAUCUACCUCAACAUUACAGAAUUAUAUCGCGACGAUCUUCCUUUGGAAUAUCCCCAUAUUUUAUUCUAUUAGGAACUACAUCGGGGACAUUUUCUUUUGCAAAUAUACUUGUGCUCCCAAGAAGUGGAGCGGACAUUGCUUGCUGCAAAGAGAUUAAUGGAUUCUCCUGUUUUGCUGGGCUGUUGGGCAUAUUGCAGGUCGGGGUCCAAGCGCUUUGCUUUACAAUAAUCCUUUUCCUUUUUGUCAUUUACUUUCCGCGCUCGACCCCUGCCAUUCUUAGCAAACCCUCAUCCCCCUCCUUCAGAAUAGCCCUCAUAGUCGCUGCAAUAUGCAUUCUUCAGACAAUCGCAACGGCCGUCGUUGUCAUAAUUAUUGUCGUUGCACAUUCAGACCAGCGUCAAUUUUGCGCAAAUAUUUUCGGCAUCUGCGCAGCCGUCCUAGCGUCCAUCCAGUACUUUCCCCAGAUCUAUACGACCUUCCGUCUCCGUCGCGUCGGUAGCCUGAGUAUUCCGAUGAUGUGCAUCCAAACCCCAGGUAGUCUAGUUUGGGCGGCUAGCCUAGCAGCACGUCUGGGUACGGAGGGCUGGAGUUCAUGGGGGGUGUACGUGGUCACAGCCCUGUUGCAGGGAACGUUACUCAUUAUGGGGAUCUAUUUCGAGUAUGUCAAUCCAUCGAAAGCAGAGACCGAUGUAAGCCCCGGGGAUGCUCCGGGAACGGAAUCUAGGGCCAAUGGGAUCGUGGCUCAUCGCGACAACGAGAACCAUCCUUCCGAAGAGACCCCGUUGCUGCAGAGCACUGGCUAGCUUUAUGUGGGCAUUCGAUUUGAUACCUAUAUAAAUUGAUGUGUUACUAGCUUAAACACUCCAUAUAAUACCAUUUUGUACAGAAUCCUUCGUUCUCCGUGGUUUCCCUGCGCUAUUUCUUUGCUUGCUUUGAGCAUGGCACCGCAAUGAUACAAUGCGAAAAAUAGCUCGGAUUUAUCCAAGACAGGAACAAGUGCCUCAUCCAUUUUUCUCUAGGACGUAAUGUCGCUUUUUUCCAUUGACAAUUUUGGUCAGUUAUUCAACGAACCAACAACCCGCAGUAAGGAACGCCGAAGAAUAAAAAUGGAGACCGCCCAGCAGAAGAAGACCCAUCGAAUUAAAUGGAGACCGCCCAUCAGAAGAAGACCCAUCGAAUUAAAAGCGGACCAGUCCAUGCCAUGUGAGAAUCCAUCUUCAACAGGUAAAGCAUAACUGCUUGCCCAAUCUCUUUAGCACGGAUCUCUCAUCCAAGAUCACUCCCAGCAAUCCUCGCAUUAUUUCCCUCGAUUCUUGAAUUGCUCAACUUCUUCCUCCAACGAUCUAAACUCUCCCUUGUUAUCAAGUUGAACAUAAGCCCUAUCAUACCUCUUCUCCAUAUCCUCGUUAUGCUUCCUUACAUCCUUCUCAGUUUCUUUUUGUUUCUUUUGGUCCUCAGGGCUUAGCUCCUCUUUCGAAGGACGUUUGGGAUGCUGCGGAUCGGCGCCGCUGUGUUGAUAUUCGUCACUAAGCGUGGGAUGAGCCUUGUUGGAUGGAAUCCGGUGCUCGAACUCUUCUGAGAAGGAUUCUGGUUCCGAGCGCUCGGGAGGUGGUUCAUGUUUGCGGUGGUAAUGUUGGUUAUCUUUGUACAUAUGGGAUCUGGUUAAUUAUCCAAAUUCCUUGUUGGGAUUUGUAAGUGUGGAAAAGCGGGAGGGAGUCACUCACCACUAUCAUCAUCCCCGCUACCAUAUGCGGCGCCCUUCUCCUUCCCCUCUUUAGUCGAUGACGCUUCGGAAUUGGCAUAUCUUCUUACCCCCCUUCCAUCCUGGAAUCCAAGUUGAUAUGAUGCCGUCGCUGGCGAGAACCACUGCGAAGAGGUGGCUCGUGAUGGUUGCAGCCUCAGCCGCGGGAUGACUGUUCGGGGUAGACGAUGCAUUCUGAUAUGGCUUCUUCUCCCUUGUUUCGGGUUUUUGUUCCACAGCCUAUGCUCUUUAAUUUCCGACUCCUGCAACCCUCAACGUCUCGAGACAAUAAAUAUGUUCGCGGGCAAGGGAGUUCUGCGCCGAAGGCUUCUUACUUCUGAUGGAAUUUAUGUAGCUGUUGGAGCUGGGUAGAAAUGUUGAACGAGGUUGGAGAUUCAACAGGGGAUUUCUGUUUGCUUUUUACCCUUCUUUCUACUCGAGUCCACAAAAUAAAAAGAGGAUCAUCCGGCGGGUAUGGUUCUGUAUCCUGCACAUAUGUGCUUGACGUUAAUACCAAUAACCCCCAUGAGGUCAAGUAUUUACCUAGGAUAGCUGGCCUAGUUCCCCGGCAGUGACGUAGUGUAUGGAGCAAGAAUCGUUGCUUUAUCAGGUAGACCUUCCCUGGCUCUGUUUCCCUGUGUAGUGAAGUGCGUAAUAAAGCUGAGUACAAGCCCUGAAUAAUUUUUCCUAUUUGAGAAAUAUUGGGGCCCCUCCCUUUCUACCCCCAAUAUAUAUGGUAGCAGUGACGUCAGUGUUGGUAUCACAUUCAUGAAGUACUACUGUACGUUGAGACAACAUAUAUUAAGGUACAUGGUUCUAACAUGGAACGCCACACUCCAAAGGGAAUACUAGACAUUCAGCUAAACGGGAGCGAAGUAUCGCCAGAUAUCCUAUUAAGUCCCUGGGUAAUGAAACGCCAUCCAUAUCAGGAGGCAGUGACUAAGGUGCCCAGUUCCCUCUAUUCGAAAUAGGAGAUUGUUGGUAGGAAAGGGGCACUGUAAACCUAUGAAAUCGUGAGAAGUAGCAAACUUUACCAGACAGAUCUGUGUUCACAAGCAAUGACGUCACUAGCAGGCAUAUUCAACAUUUCUUUAACGAUCUGCCCCAGCGAAACUAAAGGAAUUCUGAAGUCUUUGAGAUUUCAUAUGUUGCAUUCCGUUUCUGACUCAUUGCCAUACAUUGAUUUCCCUAAUAUUUCAAGUCUGAAAUCUCAACAGAUUGGAGAAAGGAGCGUUUCCCUCGACAUCUAGCCUAGGGGGAGUUUGUCCUCCACAGCACCAUAAGCCAUUCACCUCAUCUUAAUUGUAAGCCGCCAUGCUGCGAUAAAAAUCUGCAAUUGCUUUACACGAAAAGUCUGUCGCUAUUUAAGCAUCUCUCUGGAGUAGUAGCCGGGAAUCAUGGCAUACGCUGCUCAUCUGCGAAGAAUGUUCGGCGCCUGCUCCUGCGCCCGCUCACCUCAACUUAAAGUAUACGGGGAGCAAAUUGGCGACGGUUGUGCAGGAACCGAGGAAAGAUGCAAUAACUGAAGACCUGGGUGACUUUUACGGGCAAAUAUGCUAUGUUUCCAUCAUCCAUUUCGCCGGCUGAACUACAGACUCAGGGACGAAUGAGUACACAGGUAGUGUUGCUGGGGAAUCAGUUUGUGGAGCCAGAAUACCAUAUCUCUCUUCUCUCUAUUUAUCUCUCUAUUUAUUAU